UCAGCAAACGCAGCUGUCAAACGCCAAAAUAUACAAUAAGAAAAGGAAUGAAAACAUCGUGAACAACGGCAUAUAAGUGGAAUCUGAGAAUUGUGUGCAAAUUUUUGAAUGGUGUUUGUUUUUCCGAAUUGGUUACUAAUUAAACGGAAAUUGUGCUAAUUUUCCAAACAUUUUAAAAUAUAAUAAUGUAGCGCUUGCAGAAAUGCUGUAUAAUUAGUGAUAGUAUGUAAAAUAAUUGCGCAAUAAGCGCUGAAAUUUUAAGCUUGAAAUAAGCAAGAAAGAAAAAAAAAACGGUAAAGAACAGCAACUACACAAACUAAGAACCGUAAGGAAUCUCGCCAUCGUAGGGUGUGUACGCUCCCUAAACGUGUUUAAUUUGCUACCAAUUGUGUUUUCUAAGAAAAUUAUAAUUACUAUUAGUGUUCCAACAUAAAAAUUAGUUGAUUCUUAGCAACAAUUUUAUUAGAACGGAGUGAAUAUUACACAGGUGUGUUGUGUGGGCGGUACAACGGCAGCGUUUGAGGCAAGUGAAAUCACAGCUGCACACACAAACACCGCAGUUAAACAAAGAAUAUUUGCUGUGAGUUAUGGAAGUAAAGGAGGUGCUGAAUCGUGAGGGGCGUGAUGCCAAGAACUUGCUGGUCUAUCAAUUUUGCGAGGAGCAACCACCGGCGGAUGGCUGUCAGGGAUUCACUGGUAAAAUUUCGCCUUCGCUAAAUGUACGCAAGCCACCCGUUGCACCCUCGAAGUCACCAAACUCGCUAAAGAAUGCUUUGUCGCCAAUACGCACCGCAAAAAUGCAAAACACAGGACCACGUGUGCGUAGCGCCUCCACAGGACGUGACAAAAAAUCGGAGCUGCAAGCACGUUAUUGGGCACUGUUGUUUGGCAAUUUACAACGUGCCGUCAAUGAAAUCUAUCAGACAGUUGAGUGUUGUGAGAAUAUUUCUUGGUGCCAAGAGGCGAUUUUAGUGCUUGAGAAUUAUGUGCGCGAUUUUAAAGCGUUGAGUGAGUGGUUUAAAGUUUCGUGGGAUUAUGAAUCACGCCCAUUGCAGCAACGGCCACAAUCGCUUGCAUGGGAAGUGCGUAAGAGCAAUCCGGCACCGCGUGUGCGCGCUAAAAGUCUAACCAGUCCUACAAUGUCGGGUAAAUCAAGUCCAUCUGCAUGUCCGUGUACGUCGGGAAAGUCAUCACCCUGUUGUGGUGAUAACGCGUCUCCGCGUAAAAGCUUACGUGCCUGUGAUCCACUACCAAAAGGCGCUAUGCGUGUUAAUGUGCGUGAGUUAUUUGCCACAAGCAAAGGCAGAGCGUGUAAUGAGCGUACAGCAGAUACGGCAGAACAAAAGAAAUGCGCAGACGCGCAGCCGGUGCAACAUGUAGAAGCCGAGCCAAUGAAUUUGCUUAAUAGAAGCCAUCAGUAUGCGCAAACAGAUCUGGAAGAUGAUCAUUUGACUUUGGCGGAUAUAAGAAUAAAGCUUCAAAGAGAAGCUGAAGAGCGGCAAAUGGCAGAGCAGGCGGAACAGGAACGUUUGCGGCAGGAGGAAGAGUGUGAAAGGCAGCGCCAAGAAGAUGAAGCGCAACGUGAACGGGAACGUCAAUUGGCCGAACAGGAGAAACUUGAAGAACAACAAAAACAACAAUUGGCAGAUAAAAUCAAAAAGGAAAGUGAAAAAAAUGUGGAGCAAACUUCAGAAAUUACUAAUGCAAACGCCAGCAAGCAAGAUAACGGUGUAUUAAAUGGUAAUGAUUCGAGUGGUACAGAUGCCGACGAUCCUCAUUUUGCCAUGAAUCGCGAACCAACCGCACUGGAAAUGACGGUGCAAAAAUUAAAUCAAAUGGAAAAUGAAAUUUUGGCAAAAGAUGCCAAUAAAAUGCCGACACCACCCACGACUGAACUGCGAAAAGUGGAACCAAUAGCCGACGUUAAACCAAAUCUCGCGACUUCAACUGACAAUUCCAAGAAAGCGCCCACCACUGCGUCGACGCAAAAUGGUGCUCUAAAAUAUUCCAGUGUUUUGAAUCGUCCAGCUACAAUGCGUCCAGCGAAUGCGAAUGCAACAAAACCUUCGAUCACAGCACGUCCUUUAGCCAACGCAACGGCUGCGAAUAAAACCGUGCCAACGCAGAAAACUAUAACCAACACCAGCUUGCGGCGCUCGGCUACCACAGCUUCAGUGACAAAGGUACCGCCUUCACGCUUAUCAGCAGGCGGUGCGAGCGCACGUUAUAUGACACCGCGUCCAUCCAGUAAAACCGAACACUAUGGUCCACCCACACAUGUCGCCUCCCGGUUGUCGGCGCGUUCACGCACCAUGAUUGAGAUGCAACCCAAGGAGCAGAAGCCACGCUCAGGCCAACCCACACAGCCACAAAGGUACUCACAAACAGCGGUGUCUUCACGCAAAUCCUCACGCGAAGACAUCGGUAGCUCGAGCUCCACGCUUAAAGCAAGCACUGAACUCAUAAACUCCUCCAGAAGCAGUCUAUCACAUGCGCCUGCUGUACAUAUAGACGAACGUCGUUCGGAGCCGAAGCAAUUGCCAUCGGACGCCAACGAUGGUUGGUUGACAGUGAAGAAUCGGCGUCGCUCCAGCAUGCAUUGGGCCAAUCGGUUUAAUCAGCCGACCGGUUAUGCAAGUCUUCCCACUUUGGCGCUUUUCAAUGAACAGUUGGCCGAAAAUGAGGAGCAUCAGCGCAGCAAAAAAGUUGCUGUGAAGAAGGGUGCCACGCUCGAAAACAAUAAUAACACAAAUAAAGCGCAGCCGAGUGCCAAGCAGCCAAAGGCGCUGAAAGCACAAAAAAGUGUAGACAAACCGUUGAAAUGUGCGACACGUCCGGAGAUAAAGAAUGCCAAGGCCAAGGUCAAUUCAUUGCCAACACAACGCAAGAAUGCGGCGGCUGCUCCUGUUUCACAACAGAGCGCUGGAGCUAUGAAUGGCGCCAGUUCGGCACGCGCAGCAAAUGUGCCAACACGCGAGGCCAUCAUCAAGCGUCAGAAGUCUGAUUUGACGGGGCUGAAAAUGACGUCGCUGCAUAAGGAAUACAUGCGUAGCGAGAAGUAUGCACAACGCAAGCAGAAUGGUAGAGCCGGUUCGUUGGAGAGCUCUGCGGCCAACUCGACAGAGACCGUUGUGGAUGCAAAUGAUGAUCCAGCCAACAAAGAAGCCACUGCCGAUAAUGCCGAGUCCGCUGAGCAGCAUAAAAUUGACAUAAAAAUCCAAACAAAUCGUGAUUUCUCCAAAACCAUUGGCGAUCUCUAUGAGAGCAUUGCACAAACCGCCAAAGCGGCCAAUUUUGGUGUCGGCAGCAUAGACAACACAUGCGGCGCUGGCAAACUCUCCAGUUGUGAUGAGAGCGAAGAGACUUUCGCCAGCGAAACGGAUUGUGAUGAAGAUCAGCGCAUGCUCGUCGAGGAGCAAGAAUCGUUGGAGCGUCAGAUACGUGAGUUGGAGAACACUGAAAUCGAUGUGGACACCGAAACCGAUGAGACGGAUGGGGAGGUGGCAUUGGAUCACGAACAUGAUUGUAAUGACACAGUAGAUCGUUUGCUCGAUGAUGCCUCCUCGAUUGCUUUUCUACCCGCUGGUGAGGAUGGCAUGGAUUCGAAUCUCAGUUUGGAAAUGCGCUAUCACGCGCUGCUCUCAGAAAUGUCGCGCGUUGAGCGUGAGGAAGCUUUGGCCACGCUGCAAGCAUAUGUGGCGCGGCAUCCAGGACGCGCGCAGGAGUUGCAUCAGAAACUCUCCUCCCCCUCAAGGCGUCGCUCACUGCAGGAAACGCUGAAGAAAUACCAAGCGAAGCAUACGCGCGCGCAACAAAAACGCGAGCAAGUGCAGAAAGAGAAAACCAUAAAAAUACAACAACUAUUGGCGCGCGUUGAAGACGUGAAAGCGGCCAAGCGCCAGCUGAUCGAAGAUAAGCGGCUUAAAAUGGAGGAUAAAAUGCAGCGCGCCGCCGAGAAUCGCGAACAAUAUUUGCGUCAGAUAGUGGAGAAGGCGCACGAUGAGGAGAAGAAGUUGAAAGAGAUCAAUUUCAUUAAAAAUAUCGAAGCGCAGAACAAACGCUUGGAUCUGCUCGAGUCCUCUAAGGACGCCGAAGGCCGCUUGCAAGAUUUGGAGCAGGAGCGCCAAAAGCGCUUGGAAGAGAAGGCGGCGCGCGAGGCUGCCGUAGAGCGCCGGCGCCAAGAGUUGGAGAAAGAGCGCCAACGCAAGCUGGAGAAAAUGAAUGAGACGCGCUUGGAGAAGGAGCAGCGCAUUGGCAAGAUGCAAGAGCAAAAGGAGCGUCAGCGGCAGGCGUUGGCGCGUGAGAAGGCGCGCGAUCGCGAAGAGCGCUUGCUGGCGCGUCAAACACAACAACAGCAGACCACUGAGGAAUUGCAGCGCAAGAUACUACAGAAACAGCAGGACUCGGCGCGCCGGCACGAGGAGAAUAUCGAGCAUAUACGACAGCGCGCGCUCGAAUUGACGCUGCCCACGCGCAAUGUCGAUGAGAAUGGCGUGCAGCGCAAUGAGAAUGGUGAGGUUAUAACAGAGGAUGGCGAUCUCUCCUCAACCGUGUCGGAUGUGGGCAGUCGCGAGCACACGCGCGGCUACAAGAAGAAAAUCAAAAAGCUCAAACAACGCAUGGCGCAGAGCGCCGAGGAGUACAUGAAGGAACAACAACCGGUGCCAUUGCACAUGAAGCGCGAGAGUCAAGUGCCGAAAUAUUUGAAUCUCGUGAGCAAAGGUGGCGGCUCACAGGGUUUGGAGCGCGCUGUCGGCCAACUGUUGCGCCUCAUGAGUAAGGCGCAAGUGUUCGAUUUUCAGUGCUUCCUUCUGAUGGAUGGACUCGGUGUCAUCACCACAAAUGUGAUUAGUAAAAGUAUGGAGGAGAAUAAUGAUAUUCCAAAGCGCGCUGUUGUGCUCGCUGUGCAAUUAUACCGUAACGCCUGUACGCUUUGUCCACAAAUUGCGCGUCACGCCAUACUUGGUAAUACGUUGAGCGCGUUAUUCGAUGUACUAUUCCAGAGUUUGCAGCUUCCCGAAGAAAAAUCACCGCAACAUCCUGUUGAGUUGUCCACGGAGCUAAUGCUCGCCUGUACCGUAGCCAUGUCGCCGUCCUACACGAAGAAGCACACCCACCCGAAAGUGUUGGAACGCCUACCGGAUCUGAUAAGCUAUGCCGUUAUCAUUGGGCUCAUUGAAAUCCUGUCGCGGCGCUGCAUGAAGAUACGCGAGUGCAUCGAAAGUCAUCAAAGCGUGGUGCUCUCAUUGCUGGCCACGCUCGGCUUCCUCACGCGUUUCAUUGACGUCUGUCCACCAGGACCCACAGAUGCGACGCGUUUCCUGAGCGCUGCCAAAUCCACGGAACUUUUCGGUUCGGUCUCGAUGCUCUACGCGUGCGUGCUGCCAAUCGGUGAAUGCAUUCCGCCGCGCACAGUUUCUUUGGCGGCAGCCACUUUCAAUCUACUGGUCUCCAUGGCAGUGCUGGACUUGCCGACGUUCCAAGACGUCAUGUCUGGUGAAACACUAUCACUCAAAUUCCUCGACGUGGUCACCAUUUUGCUCAAAUAUUGUGGCAACAACUGUUCGGCGGCCAAGAAUACCGAAACACAAGCUGUGAUCAUCGAUCUCAUUGCGACCAUAGGUUUCCUCUGUGCCAACAACAAGAAGAAUCAGGAUCUACUCACUUCAGAGCAAUGUUCCAUUAUAAUUAAGAGCUUAACCAAAUUACCUGAACACUUGAAUGUGGUCGUUUACCCUUGCUUAGUCACAAUAACGUUCCAAAAUGAGAAUGCUCGCAAUGUGAUAGCACGUGAUUUUAAUUUAGAAUUCCUGGAUGAAUACAGCAAAUCAGAGAAGGCCAAGAAGAAUCAUCUAAUCGCUUUGCUCAAAGAGAAGACCUAAAUGUAUGCAGCGAAGAAUAUUUCAAAGAUAAGCUCAGCGCUUAUCGCAGGUUGAAAAUAUGAAAAUACUUGAAAUGGCACACGCCAGGUGUCAUUUGUGGCAUAAGAAACGAACAAUUACUGCCUUUUGCAACUAACAAUGCAACAUUUGCACACACAAUUGCAUAUUUGUAACAGUAAAUAACAAACAACUAGCGUUACUUACAAAUAUACUUAACAGAAAAAAAGAAA